CGCGAUAAAGAGUAAUUGUGCAUUCACUUCUGUUAAAUACUUGCAUAUGUGUAAUGUAUCUUAAAUGCAUAUGUGUUAUGUACAUAUUAACUGUUUAACUAUCAGAAUAUUACAUUAAGAUAGGAAAUUCCGAUACAGUAUAGACUGAUAUAUGCAGAGGGCAGAGUAUAAGCCCUUGGCAAGAUAUAAAGUGUGGGUUCGUGAAGGGUCUUAAAGGUUUUGGGAGGAGACAAGAAAAGGGCUACUGCGUGAUCGAACGGUUGUACGUUUGAUUUGAAAUUUUCAGAACAAUUUUCAAUAUCCCAUAAAGACGGUUGUUCUGCAUCAUAUGUGAAUUUAUUCGUAUCGAAAUAUUUACUGAUAUUUACACGUGACUCUCGGAGAACGCGUCGUUAAUCAUUGUUACAGUGGAAGCUUGAGAAAAUGGCCGACAAUUGGACACAUAAUAGUAUUGUUUGCCGGUUUUUUAAGAAUGGCUUGUGUCGUGGAGGAAAUAACUGCCGAUAUCGUCAUGUUCAAUCUACACGUCAUGAACCAGGAACACUUGAAGCAGAAAUAUUGGCCAGUAUUCCAUCCAAUACUACUUGUCGCUUUUUUAAAUAUGGCACGUGCAAGUAUGGUAGUCAGUGCCAUUUUCUUCAUGACUCUGAACCUACCGAUAACGCUUGUAUACAAAACAAUUUACGAGAAAGUUCUUCGUUAAGGCAACGUACUGUUACUACUACAACUUCAAUGGAGCUAAAAAAUACUACGGGAAGUAUUCAUGUGGCUGAAGAAUGGGUUAAAGCUCCUGAAUUUAUACCAUCGACUAUUUCAUCAGUUGCUGGUUCUUCUACAUCCAACGACGAAAUGUUUAAUACUUCAGGAACAUCAACUGGUACAUCCAAACCUCUUACAUAUGCUCAAGCUGUAAGUCCAUUGGGUCAAGCUUUUGAUCCUUCGUUGCAACCUCUUUGUCCAUAUGCCGAAGCUACAGGGAUUUGUAAAAAACCCAAUUGCACAUAUUUGCACGGAAAUAUUUGUGAAUUGUGUGGUCGUGCAGCUCUUCAUCCAUAUAAUGAAGAACUUCGGAAAAAGCAUACAAAUGCAUGUGUUAAACAACAUGAAGUUGACAUGGAAUUAUCAUUUGCUAUUCAACGUAGCAGAGAAAAGUCUUGCGGCGUCUGUUUUGAAACAAUAAUGGAAAAGUCAUCACGUGAACAAAGGUUUGGUAUUUUGCCAAACUGUAAUCAUUGUUUUUGUUUAACUUGCAUUAGAAAAUGGAGACAAGCUAAACAAUUUGAUAACAAAAUAAUAAGAGCUUGUCCAGAAUGCCGUGUCACUUCUGAUUUUGUAUGCCCGAGUAUGUACUGGGUUGAUACAAAAGAAGAAAAAGAAAAAUUGAUAAUGGAUUAUAAAGAUGCAUUAAGUACUAAGGAUUGCAAAUAUUUCAAUAAAGGUCGUGGGAAAUGUCCAUUUGGUAAUAAAUGCUUUUAUCUACACGCUUUACCAGAUGGUACUAAAACAGAUGUUGGUCCACCUAUUCGUCAACGUCGUAAUCCUGAUACCGAUGCUGAUAUUAUACAACAAUUGAUCUUAUGGGACUUCCUUGAAGGCAGAGAUGAAAACUUGAUGUAUAUAGAUUUUGAAGAUCUUGUACCAAUUUUUUCAGACUCGGAUGAAUCUGAUUGGUCUGAUUACGAAGUAGCAUUGUAGUUGUGCUAAGUGUGCUAGUUGACUGUUGUAGCACUGCUUUGAUACUACUGUUAUCAUUGCCGUUGUUGCUACUACUAGUACUAUUCAUUCAUUUGUCAUGUUCUAGUGGUUCCAGCAGCGGUAUGAAUCAAUAGUAUUCAAAAUUGUUUGAGUGAUUAUAUUGAAAAAUAUCCCAGCUUCAUUUCACCUUUUGUACGUGUGUUACAAAUAAUGAUAAUCACAUAAGAUCAAUACGUGAUUAUAAGCUUGGUAAUUUAAAUAAGUACUACAAAUAGAGUUGGUCAUACAAAGUUUUAGAUUUAUAGCAAUAGAACGUACUUAUUAAAUAUCCUAUUACCUGUGGAAUCAUUUCUUUUUCACGUUGUAACUAAUUCUACUGCAGUUAAUAAUUGAUUAUAAAUAUAUUCUAAUUGAAUCGUACGUCAGAGAAUACUUAAUCUUUUCAACGCUGAAAUUUUUAAUGACACGCACAUGCCAUGCGCUGUCCACUUACUGUGAUAAAACACACUGGACUGAAUACUUUUUUACGUUUUAUGUGUGUGGCUCUGUCGGUAUCGUACACUAUAUUAUUUCACACUAUUCUUGUACUGGAAAAUAUUUGUUUAAAAUUUGUUGAUAACGUGGCCGAAUUUACUUCUACAUUAAAACUACAAUUAGGUACAUAAAUAAUUACAAAACGUAUACGUAUUAGUAUAUACUAGUCUCUGGUACAUUUAUAUUUCAACAAAUUAUUAUACGGGUUCGAAAUAAUAUAAAGUCCAUAGCAUUGAAAGGAUUAAGGUAUUUUAAAUACGUAUUUUGUGUUUAAUUUAUAUUAAUAUUGUAUAGAAAUUAUGAAACCCAAUGUGUUUAUUCUGAAAUAGAAAAAUAAUUUUUGUUGCAUCAAGAGAGCCAAGAUUAAUAAUAUGUAUCAUUAUAAGUAAAAAUUGCUAGAGUUUGUUUAAUUGGAAUUAUGAUAAAUCUCCAGUAUAAAAUACUUUAGUCAAGUUUUGCUCUAAUCCUUGCUCAAUGUUGAAUCAUAUUAUUCUCCAUAAGAUAUCAAAAUUUAAACGUUGUAAUUAAUUUCUUUUUUUUGAGAAACGAUCAAU